AAGUUUAUAAAAUAAUAUGUCAUGUUUUUCAGUUACUUAUAGAACCCAUAUACUUUAUCAAGCAGGGGACAAAUGCUUGUCUAAAUUGUAUUUUUUUAAUAGUUUUUUGCUUUGUUUUUAUAACUACAGAAUCGACUUCAGAUCGUUCUGUGAGACCCUGAUAAUUCGAUGUCCUGAUCUUUAUUUCUGGGCAACAAGCAGCACUGAUAACAAUGUACCGGACGGAUGGACAGUAAAGACUUUCACUCAGAUCCUCACCUGUCCACCUGCAGUGGUCAGAGAAGUUUUAAAUGUAGAAGCCAGCCCAGUCAUACCUGGUGGUGAAUGCGAGUCUACCCUUCUACCUCCAACAGAUGGACCACCAGUUAAAUAUUUUUACCAUAAGAAGAAAUGGAAUGGUUUUGUAUGUGAUGAAUGUUCAAAGGAGGUGGCUGACUUUCUUAUCAAACAUCUUAUUACAAGUCGGGGUGUGCCUACCAAUGACAUCAGCGCCACAACAAGCACAGGUACAUCACAUGGUCAACUCAUCUCCACGGCAGUGAAGAGAGCAUCCACCCUUCAUAACAAAGACAUUUUAAUUUUAUUUGAGAAUGACAUCGAGAAAAUGAAGCAGUUUUUGAUAGGAUUGAAUGAGUGUGGCAUUACAGUGAGCAUUUUUCAAGGUGUGAAUGGCAAGUAUGGGUUUCCAGGAAACAAUAAUUCUGUAUGCGCCAUGGACAUCAGUCAACUCGACCUGUACAAGCCGAGAAAGAAAGUCGUUCUGUAUGUGGAAAAGCACUUGAAAAGUCCAGGAUAUGUUUCCAAGAAACGGUUGGCGCAGGAUAUCUGCACUUCACAGUUGAUCAUCCUUCAAAGGAAUCCCUGAUAACUCUUACUGCCUGGUUUGUAACACACCUUUAUGUAAACAGUCAUGUUGUAUGUGCUUAGCAUUGUAGAUGCCCUAAUGCAAAACUCAAAGUUCUUUAGACUGCCUGAAAUUAUGAAACAGAAUGUGUAAUUGUAUAAAGUUGUGUUUUUAAAUCUAUUUAGAUAAAGUGUUUUCAAGACUUUUAGUGAAAAACUACGUUCAUAUUAACUUUAUGGAAACUGCUCAAUUAUCAGCUCAGAUAGAUGUUAUACACACAUCAUUGUAUCAGCAAAACAUAUCUAUUGCUAAGGGUUCUAUGUUAAACUUGCUGUGAAUCCACUGUUUAAGAUGUAAUAAAAUUACACUUUUAUGACAGACUU